GGUAAAAGAAUCAUAUAAAAUAGCAAUGGACUUAAAAUUUCAUAUAGGCACCAGUAACAGGAACGAUCAGAUGAAGAAGUCUCAGCGAUUCACCCGAGUCAUCAAAUCAGUUAAACCCAAAGAAUCAGCCGACACCAUCAACAUUAGUUCAAAAUCAGUGACCAUUUGUAAGGCCAAAUCCAACAAGCCCCGCCAACCCAAAACUCAAACGCUUCCAAUCCCUGUAUCAAACCCAGCCAGUUUUUUUGAUAACUCAAGAUUAUUACCCUUUGACUUCUUUCAAAUUGACGCUCUUGAUCUUGCUCCACGUUUGCUCGGCAAGUUCUUGAGGAGAGAUGACGUUGUUCUUCAGAUCACUGAGGUUGAAGCUUACCGACCUAAUGAUUCAGCUUGUCAUGGCAGAUUUGGUGUUACAGCAAGAACGGCUCCAGUUUUUGGAGCUGGAGGGCAUGCAUAUGUUUAUCUUUGCUAUGGUUUGCAUACAAUGCUCAAUGUUGUUGCAGACAAGGAAGGUAUUGGGGCUGCAGUCCUGAUACGAUCUUGUGCUCCCAUUAGUGGGUUGGAUAAGAUUCAGCAGCGACGAGGUCAGAAAACUGAGAAACCUGUUCUUCUUACUGGGCCCGGCAAGAUUGGACAAGCAUUAGGGAUUUCAACAGAAUGGUCUAGUCAUCCCCUGUAUUCUCCUGGGGGAUUAGAACUCUUAGAUGGACCAGAGCCGGAGAGCAUACUCGUUGGACCACGUGUCGGAAUUGAAUAUGCUUUACCAGAACAUGUCGGUGCAUUGUGGAGAUUUGCCAUAGCAGUUUCGCAAGACACUUGGGCAGGUCCUACAGUUCAUAAUCUCCUCUUCAGGAAAAGCAGCAAACAGUUUACAAUACGAACAUGCCUACAGAGUCAGAGUUCAACUUAAGAAGACGGCCUCUAAUGCCACUGUCAAACCAAAAGAGACCAAAAGAGAUUGCCGAAACUGAAACUUCAAACUAAGAACCAUUUCAGCCAUCCACCGGAAAGAAGUACUCAUUGGCCUCGUGCUCUUUCAUGUUCCAUUCGUCAGACUUGUAUAAAAGCAAAACACAGAAGUGCAUCUUAUAAAGUUUGAUGCAUAAAUACAAGUUGAUAUUCUAAAAAAAAAUACAAGUUGAUAGAUAUAUAAAGUUGGGCUCCAAACUUCCAAGUGAGGAGAACAUAACAUCUUCAACAUGUAGUUAACAAAAGAAGAAAGUGCAUAGAACUGGACAAAAACAAGUGCAGCAUUUAAAAGAUAUCACCAGAAAGUCAUUAGACAUUCAUACCGGAAACCCUAAAGACAAAGAUGACAACCCAUAGAAGAAAGCAUGUUUAUAACAAGAUGUAUGCAAAAUGAAAUAAGCUGGCGGAGACUGUUGCUUCACAUAAAUUCUUCAAUUACUCAACUGCUGGCGUAGACUGUUGCUUCACAUAAAUUCUUCAAUUACUCAACUGCACUUGCAAAUGUGUAUAUAGCAAGGAGAUAUGCUGCAGGCUGAGGAAAAAUUCUGACUCGAGUGCAAAAAAAUCAUAAAAGGAAAGGACAAUAAACACCUAGAAGGCCAAACGUCAUUUCUUGACAAAGAGUGUCCAUUGAAGACCUAAUUUAGUAAGUAUGUAUGCUUGUCUUCGAUACAAUAGCAAUAAACAUUAACAAGAUGAAGCAUAAUGGGAACAAAUUUGGAAACAAUACCACUAUCAAGUGGCACCACUGCACAA